UCAUCCUCUUCAAACAAAGAUGGCUGUCAGAACGAGGAGGAAGUGAAUGACAAAAUUCAGCACAAUUUUUUCUCAAAAUCUCGGCAUUCAGAGACCUUUGGACCCAAUAGCAUCAGUCAAUAGGGAGUUGAAGAGUCGGUGAACGUUUCUGUGGAUUGUUUUUCCCCUGGAUUGAUCGCAUGGUGGUAAAAAUGUCGACUGUUGUAGAUUUGACACCAGAGGAAAAGGAGCUGCUAGCUGACAUCCAGCGCAGGAAAAAGCAGCUCCUCCAGGAGAUUCAGCGGCUCAAAGAUGAGAUCGCAGAUGUUACAGCAGAGAUGGAACAGAUGGACAACCCUGAUGACAACUCUGCGGACUCGAAGAGUAAACAAAUGAACAUCGGCAGGAAGAAGUUCAACAUGGAUCCCAAGAAGGGUAUACAGUACCUUCUAGAGAACGGUCUCCUCAAAGAUGACCCAGAAGACAUUGCCCAGUUCCUUCACCACUGGGAGGGGCUGAAUAAGACGGCUAUAGGAGAAUACCUUGGUGAGAAGAAUGAGCUGAACUUGAAGGUGCUCCAGGCCUUCGUGGGACUUCAGGAGUUCGAGGGGAUGAUCCUUGUACAGGCUCUGAGGCAGUUCCUGUGGAGUUUCCGCCUGCCCGGUGAGGCCCAGAAGAUAGACCGUAUGAUGGAGGCCUUCGCACAGAGGUACUGUCAGCAGAACCCGGGAGUCUUCAACACUACAGACACGUGUUACGUUCUGUCGUUUGCGAUCAUCAUGUUGAACACGAGUCUGCACAACCCCAGCGUAAAGGACAAGCCCAGCGUGGAACGUUUCAUCGCCAUGAACCGUGGGAUAAACGACGGUGGAGACCUGCCCGAACAACUGCUCACUGACUUGUAUGAGAGUAUUAAGAAGAUGCCCUUCAAGAUCCCAGAUGAUGAUGGUAAUGAUCUUACCCACACCUUCUUUAAUCCUGACAAGGAAGGGUGGCUCCUUAAACAAGGUGGACGACACAAGACAUGGAAGCGUCGUUGGUUCAUCUUGACUGACAACUGUCUCUACUACUUCGAGUACACUACGGAUAAGGAACCAAGAGGGAUAAUCCCACUGGAGAAUCUCCAGGUUCGACUUGUGGAGGACUCCAAGAAACCAAACUGUUUUGAGCUGUACCCAUCUGAAGCCAACAGCAAGGCCGUCAUCAAGGCUUGCAAGACUGACUCGGAAGGCAAAGUUGUGGAAGGACGCCAUCUUACAUACCGUCUGUCUGCUGCCACCCAAGAUGAGAAGCAGGAAUGGAUAGAAGCAAUAAAGAGGAGCAUCAGCAAGGAUCCCUUCUACGACAUGCUGGCAGCCAGGAAGAAGAAAGCCACCCACCUACAGAACUGAUGAGAUGGAACAGUCUAGUUUUUAAGAUGCUAACUCAUGAAUAGUCCAUUGUAGAAUAGGGGUGUACAAAGAUAAC